AUGAUCUUGCUCAAGUCACGACAGCGGGUCUUCAUCGCCUGUUUGGUGUUUGGUGUUGUUUGCUUGCUCUGCCGAUUAACAAUAUGGGACGACGCAUCUGGUUCCAUUCCCGGACGAUGGACUCCAAUAUUUCGUUCACUCACCUUUCGUGAAAGAGUGGCAUCCAUCCGGGCCGCCGAUCGGUACAAGCACUCCAAGUCACUGGGCGUAUUCUCGCGCAUAUAUGUUGUCAGUCUACCUUCCCGCAUAGACAGGAGAGAGCGGAUGCAGGAGCUGGCAGAAGCACUGGGCAUCGAUGUGGAGUACUGGAAUGCUACGGAUAAGAAUUCGCCUCUUGUCGCGGAUCUGAUGGAACGAAGACGGCAGCGCAUACAACUAGAUACUUCGACACUCCAAGAUUUGGACAAAGCAAGAAAUUCGACCAGGAAAUCCAACGCAAUCUGGCCUUCGGAUGUGCUCGCCAAUCAGGAUAAUCCACUGGCUUCUCCUCUUGGUCUGAAAUUUGCAGACCUCUGGGAACUUUCUCCGUCGGCCCCGCACUCUUCUGCCCUUAUUGAGCCUCUUCCCCUGUCCCUUGCCCCCGACAAUCGGCCCGCUAUACCCUGCGCUGGACCGGACGACGGCCUGUAUGCGCCUCAGACACCCCAGGAAGUUCAGGAUCUGCCCCCUUGGCGUAUUCUUUCCCCCGGCAUGCUCGCCUGCUGGCAUUCGCACGUCGGUCUCUUAAGGCGAUUCACUGAAUCUCACGACGAUGCCAUCUUGAUUCUAGAGGAUGACGUGGAUGUAGAGUUCGAUAUUGAGACUCGGCUCCACCGCGUAUGGACUUUCCUACCAAAAGAUUGGGAUGCCGUGUACCUGGGCCAUUGUUGGUCCGCGGAACAGACUCAUCCUUCCUUCCCUGAAGCCCCGGCCAUUCGCCCGUCGUACACGCCCAAAUGCACGCACGCGUACGCAGUAUCGCGCCGCGGGGCAUACCGACUCAUACGGCAUCUUCGAGCCCCUGCUUUCGCCUACAGCCGGGCCCUCGAUCAGGCAUAUGUGUAUCUCAUCCAGCGCAAGAGGAUCAAGGCGUUCUCCUUUUACCCAAGCAUUGCCAUCCAAACGAAGGAUUUGUCAUCGGACAUAUUCCCCGGAAAUGGAAGUUCAUGGCGGGAUUUGCUUGCGGACAGCACGAUGGAGCGCAUACAAUUAGUGCAAGAACAUGGCAGCGCCUAGUACGUCAUGUGGCUUUUCACAACACUUUUAUAGUCAUCCGCUUCGAUUAUCCAACGCCAGCGUGACGCCACAAUCCAUCAUUGACACCGA